UAACCGGCAUUACCAUCACAUUCAUAUAUACUGUGAUUAGUGGGCAGAUAGGUACCUAUGCAAGGCCUUUUUUAUUGGCUACUAGGCAGUUAUCUGUUAUCUAUAUUGAUAUACCGUGGUUUUGAGCGCACAGGUAUCAGGUCAGCCCAUCGUCGCCUCUACUGGAGUCCUCUGCCAGCCGCCGUGUGUUGUGCUGUAGUGCAGCGGGGUGAGCCGCUCAGCGCCUGUGGCGGCCAUGGCCGACCUGGUGGGCUCCGGGGACGCUGCCGCGCCGCCGGCCGACGUGAUCGGCUCCUCUGAGCGGCGCAGGGAGCUCGGCCAGCGGCUGGACGAGCGCCACCGCGAGCGGCUAGAGUCGCAGGCGCAGCGGCGCUCCGAGCGCACCGCCGGCGCCGCCCAGGCCGAGCAGGCCGACCACUUCUGGGCGGCGCUGGAGCGCGAGGAGGCGGCGGCGCGCGCCGAGCUGGCGCUGCCGGACGGCGCCGACCGGGCGGCCGUGGGCGACGCGCUGGACGGGGCCAGCCGCCGGCUGCAGAGCGUGCAUCGGUUCAUCGCCGACUCGGCCGCCUUUCUACCGGCCUUCGAGCUGCGCCGGGCGCAGGAGCGCGCCCGCCAGCUGCAGCACUUCGUACAGCAGCGCCAGGAGCAGCUGGUGCCCCGCAAACGGUUCGGCUUCCGCGGCCAGCGGGCGGCGCGUGCCGAGCCGCGCCCGGCCGAGGCGGCGGCGCCGACCGAGCCGGCGACGGGAGCGGACCCGGCCGCCGCCGGCGACCAGUGCGGCUUCAGCGGCCAGACGGACGCGCGCCUGGCGCUGGGUGGCGCGGCCGUGACGGGCCGCGACGUGACGCUGACGUGCCUGACGCGGUGCACGGUGCGCGUGACGGGCGCGCCGGCCACGGUGCACCUGUCGCACCUGCGCGACUGCCGGCUCCUGCUGGGCCCCGUCACCAGCUCCGUGUUCCUGGAGGACUGCCAGCGGUGCACGCUGGCGGCCGCCUGCCAGCAGCUGCGCGCCCACACCAGCGCCGACUGCGACCUCUACCUGCACGUCACCAGCCGCGCCGUGGUCGAGCACUGCCAGCGGCUCCGGUUCGCGCCGUACACGCUGACCGGCGCGGACGUGGCGGCCGACUGGGCCACCACCGGCCUGGCCGCCGACACCAACAACUGGAGUGACGUGGACGACUUCAACUGGCUGUCCAAGGCGCAGCCGUCGCCCAACUGGAGCGUGCUGCCGGAGGCCGAGCGGGUCACCGACUGGGACGGGCCGGCGGGCGGCGCCGAGAGCCGGUGAGCCGCGCGGGUCACCGACUGGGACGGGCCGGCGGCCGGCGCCGAGAGCCGGUGAGCCGCGCGGGUCACCGACUGGGACGGGCCGACGGCCGGCGCCGAGAGCCGGUGAGCCGCGCGCGCCCCCCAGUGGGGAGUCAUUCCGACCGGCAGAACGCACUAUGUGAUUACGCCAUGCCGUCCGCCGUCAGACUGGGCUCUCGGCACCCAUUCUUCGCUUUGCCAGCUGUAAACUGGUGUAUGUUCGAUUGCACUGGGAUAGUCGCCUAGUCAUUGUGUUGCAAAACUGUGUCAAGCAACUGAUAUAACAAUAGUUUUCGCUGAUGUAUUAGCAAUGUCAGGUGGAUACAUGUCCUCGGUUCAAUUCGAUACACGAUACGAUUACCGUGAUUGAACGCGACAGUGGCACUAAACAAUGACUUAGUAGGUCCGGCAUUCGGAAACGUCGCAUUCUAGGCACUUGAUAAGCUAAUUACAUAUAGAUGUUAAUUGUUAACAAAUAACGAUAAAUGCCUUUUGUGCAAAAUAAACAACAGCUCAA